AUGGCACGUCGCUUUCAGUUCGUCAGCGCCUCGACGCCGACGGAACGAGUGUCCUCUGAAUCUCGAAAGUCGAACCAUUCACAUGUCAUGCGCCAUGUUCAUGCCAGGAAACGACGCUUACGAACCCAAAGAUACCGGGAUGAAUUGAUAAAUGCCGGCAUUAAUGUGGACCAGACGACCUCACAGAUUGGACUGUCUAGUCCUCCAAUCCCAAGAUUCGCUACCAGUGGGGAUCCAUUUUCGUCCUCGGCACGACCUUUAUCAUCCGAAGAAUACUUCCUACUGGAUUACUAUGUCCAGGUUGUUAUGCCGUACUCCAUCGGACACUGUCGUCUGUUUGAUCAUGCCGGCGACCACCAGAAUCAGAUGCUCCGAGACUGGGUGGGCCUUGCUAUUAAUGACGACAUAUUCAUGACUGCUGCUAUUCUGCUCAGCACAUGUCGCUACGUUUUACAUAACCGGCCUGGCGACCCGUUCUUCAUGCGAAUGGUUCUGUGCUACCAGCAGAUAUCCCUCCGCUCAUUGCGCUCGGAAAUUGAGAGUACGCCGACAGGCAUCAAUGCCAUGAGUGUUGCCAAAGCAUUAGCACUCGCGAUAGAUGAGAUGAAUUCCGGAGAAGAAAGUAUUGCUCGGAAACACUUGCAAGGUGUGCUUGCUAUGGUGGAGUUUAGCGGUGGCCCAAGAUCGAUUGGUCUAUCAAGUUUACUGGAGAGAAUUUACCAUGUGUUUUUGAGAGAAUUACGGCGUCUAGACCAAAGGAUGGAACAAAGAGCCACUGAGGGGUAG